GUUUUGAAAAGGGGGGAAACCAAAUAGCGUAAAACGAAACCAAAAUUUUCAAUCUCCCUCCCACAAAAGGGUCAGCUUGGUCGCGUUGGAUUUACGCGCUACCCACCCCCCAUUCACGCAAAUUGCCUCCUUAUUACCUCAGCCAGCGCCUCUCUCUAUUUUCCGCCAUCGUUUCUCUUCCUCCUCCAAUUCAAAUAACAAACCCUUAAAAUCAAUAAAGAAUGAGGAAAGGUACAAAGAGAAAGGCUAGAGAAGUAGGAGGAAGAAAAGGCAAGUCCAAAGAAGAGGAGAAGGUUAGUAGCCAAGAACAAACCGCAACCACCGAAGAAGCGACCAACAAGAAUGGUGAGCCCGCCCAAGCCCAACCCCAAGCCCAAUCAGCUGCAGAGCAAAGCGAAUCUGUUCAGAAAGAAGAGCCUAAGAACAAUGACAAAGGAGGAGAGCCUAGCAAAGGUGUUGUUAAGCGCGGAGCUAAACGAGCCAAGAUUGCUAAGCCUCAGACUGAGACUGAGUACUUCCCCGAUAAGCGUAAUUUGGAAGAUCUAUGGCAAGAGGUUUUUCCUGUUGGCACAGAGUGGGAUCAGAUAGACAUGGUUUACCAAUACAAAUGGAAUUUCUCGAAUCUCGAAGAUGCAUUUGAAGAAGGCGGAGAAUUGCAUGGAAAGAAAGUCUAUCUUUUUGGUUGUACUGAACCACAAUUGGUUUAUUUUCAGGGCCAAUCAAAAGUGACGUGUAUACCUGUUGUGGUUGCUGUUGCAUCUCCUUUUCCACCUUCUGAUAAAAUUGGAAUAAACUCUGUACAAAGGGAAGCUGAAGAGAUACUGCCAAUGAAACAGAUGAAAAUGGACUGGGUUCCAUACAUACCUUUGGAAAACAGGGAAUCUCAAGUUGAAAGACUCAAAUCCCAAAUUUUUAUUCUGAGGUGUACUCAAAGAAGGGCUGGUUUAAAACACUUGAAGCUGGAGCGGGUGAAGAAGUUUGAAUAUUGCUUACCUUAUUUCUAUCAGCCAUUUGCAGAAGAUGAACUUGAACAGAGCACCAUCGUGCAGAUCUUAUUCCCAACAGAACCGCCUGUGUUUUGCGAGUUUGAUUGGGAAUUUGAUGAGCCAGAGGAAAUGGCAGACAAAUUAAUUGAGGCAGAGGAGUUAGCGGCAGAUAAAAAAGAUGAAUUUAUGGAAUUUGUGAAGGAGAAGGUUCGUGAAGGAAAGAAGAAUAAUCGAGAGGCGAGAGAAGCCAGGAAAAAAGCUAUACAGGAGAUGAGCGAAGAAGCAAAAGCUGCAUUUCAGAGUAUGAAGUUUUACAAAUUUUAUCCGAUGCCCUCACCUGAUGCGCCUGAUGUAUCUCAGGUCAAGUCUCCAUUCAUAAACAGAUACUAUGGGAAGGCUCACACAGUUUUCUGAAUGAUGCAUAAAAAAUAUAAGCGACUAUAUUGUCGAACCAUGUACUUUUGGAUGCCUACUUUGGAGCUGCAUGAUGGAAUCAUACUGCUCAACUUAAGCUUGUACCUUGAAGCAACCAUUUAGAUUUAUGGAACUAUUUGAGGAUGUAGAAGAUACAGAGAAGCAAAAUGUAGUUUUUUUGUCUCAACCUUUAUAGCUAGAGUUCAGUAAAUUUUUGGCAACGUGUUCUUGUCUUCGCUAACUGUGAAAUUUUUUCCUCAUUCCGGAUACAACUGUAAUCCUUUUCUGCUGAAGCUUUAGUAAUCGUGUUCACCCCUACAAACAAUAGGAGCUGCAAUUAACAGUUGGUUCCCAGUUCGACUUUGAGCUAUAAAUUUUUAGUUUCAUAUAAACUUGAGUGAAUGUUGUAUCCACU